UAAAAUAUGACUGAUCAGCCAUACUUAAGUCUUUCUAAAGUUUAGAGUUCUCAAUCUCAUCAUGGAUACCAUAAAAAGCUGAUAUUGCAGCUAGAUGAAGAUCAAUAACAACAUUUGCCUAUGUUUCGUUAAAAUACUAGCAAGAGUAGGCAUUUAGACAAGGGAACCCUUUCGAGAUCUAAAAUACAGAAUCUAUCUUAAUUAUAAGAGAUGUUCAAGCAAUUUAAAAAUUUUAAAUGUUCCAUCCAAUAAUAGAGCCCUGUGAUUUAAACGAUGAAAUCAAGUUAAAUCACUAAAAAACCUUAAUCUUAAUCGAAAAGCACAAUAGAUGCAAAGGAGGUUUCAUUUGAGGAUAAAUAGAAAGUGAUGAAUUAAGCACGAAAAACAAUGUUUCGGAUAGUGAUGGAUAAUAAGUUGCGAAGUCAAUCAAUAAAGGAUUAUGGAUUUAAUUUAAGGCCGUUGUUCAAUUAAGUAAUAGAGAAAAAUGACAGUGUUUUAGAAUAGAAGAGUAAUAUUUAUAUAGCUAGCUAGUUCAGGAACAUAGAUAAGAGAAGAGGAAAUCUGACUUGUUUUCAAGAAGUCCAUUCUCGAAUGCCUACUAUGCAACUAAGGCUCUUUCUAAGAGAUCUCGUAUGAAUGUAUAUGAACGUUUAGCCCAAAAUCUGCCUGCUGAUUCACGAUUCCACUAUGAAUGA